AUGUCUAACCGAUACUCCAUCGAUGAGCCCGUUCUGGGUGACGAUGAUAUCGAAGAGGACAUUGUCCUGGGAUCGUUUCACCCAACCGAAAGAGAUCGUGAUCUGUUACGAGCAGACGAGGAGAUUGUCAACUCACUACAGAAAAAGUCGUCAAAGUUUUAUAAAAGCAACCACAACAAUGACGAUGAUGACGAUGAUGAUGAUGAUGACGACUACGACGAUAACAAUACCAGUAGCCGACCGUCUCGGUUUUUUUCCGGCAAGAGUUUACUAAAAAAAUACAAGAAACUGGCAUCCGAAUCUACAGCAUCUAAAAAAAAGGUCGGCUUUGCAUCGGAUGUCGUUGAUAAACCAAGCAGCAAUAACGGUAGAUAUACCAAGCUAGAGGAUUACGAUACCCCAACAGCUAUUGGGGAUGCAGCGGAGCAUGGCAACUUCAACGACUCAUCAGACUCAGACGACUUUGACAGCGAUAUUGAAAUUGAUAUCCGCGAGGGCCUGUCACGGGCCGAGUUGCGCAAACGCACCCGCAAAGUUCACGGCAUUGUGCUUGUUUUUGCUGGCUUUAUCAUUUUGUGGUUACUUUACAAUCACUCGUUCCCAUUCCAUUCAGGUCAUGGCACUGGCUCCGGUUCCGACGGCCAAGAGGGCUGGGCCCCACGCACAGUCACAAAUAACGGUACACACGAUUUCAAACCAACGACUCUUGUGGUUUCUCUUGACGGGUUCCAUCCCCACUACGUUUCAGAGUCUCUUACUCCGCAUCUACAUACUCUCAUGACCCGAGGUGGCGGUGCUCCUUACAUGAUCCCAUCCUUCCCCUCGUCCACUUUCCCUAACCACUUCAGCAUGGUUACUGGUAAGUACCCGGCCAAUCACGGAAUCGUGGGCAAUACUUUUUGGGAUGACAAACUGCAAAAGCAGUUCUUCAACACCAACCCCUCAGAAAGCUUGGAGCGAGUGUGGUGGGCCGCACAACCCGUUUGGGUCACAGCUCCACUCCAAGGAGUACGCACCGCAGUCCACAUGUGGCCAGGCUCUGAGUCGGAGUGGAACGAGGUUACAGCUAGUGGGCUUUUUGAGUACGAUCGAUAUAAUGGAUCGGAGAUUUUGGAAAACAAAGUCCAGCGUGUUUUCACAUGGAUCGACCGCGAGAUGGAAACUCGUCCAGAACUCAUUUUAACCUACGUGCCGACCGUUGACACGGCCGGCCACAAAUAUGGCAUUUCCGGUGAUGGUCUGAUUGAGGCGCUCAAACAAGUCGAUUCACUUGUUGGGGAGUUAGUGUCGGGGCUAGCAAGCCGUAAUCUGACUGAGAUUGUAAACCUUGUUGUUGUUUCAGACCACGGCAUGGCCCCCACAUCCAAUGAACGGCUCAUUUACCUCGACGAUCUCGUCGAAAUUGAUAAUAUCGAACAUAUUGACGGGUGGCCACUUAUAGGCCUGCGACCCAAAACUUCCCUCAACCUCAAUAACUUGUAUCAAAACCUCAAGGAGGCCCAGUCCCUAUAUGGAGAGGACAAAUGGGACGUGUACCUGCGUGAAGAUAUCCCGCCCGAGUGGCGGUUUGGUGGUAAGUCCAACAACAAAUUCAAAAGCCGGAUUGCUCCCCUGUGGCUAGUUCCCAAGGUCGGCUGGUCUUUUACCACAAAAGACCAAAUGGAGAAGUUAAACGGCGUGUACAAGCCUUUGGGAGUGCACGGAUACAACAAUACUGAGGUCUUGAUGCGGGCGCUAUUUCUUGCCCAGGGCCCCUACUUUGCAGCGCAAGAGUAUUUGCGACCAUUUGAAAACAUUGGUCUUUACAACAUAAUGUGCUGGUCACUUGGAAUUAAGCCCGUGGCCAACGAUGCACCUGAAAAGGUUCGCGACUUGCUAGCCGCUUUACCGGAAAACUGGACCGAUGGUAUUGUGUAUCCAGGUGUUGCAUUCUCUGCAGAGAUUUUGCAGGUCAACUCGACAUAUGACUCGUUAUUUGGUGAGGGCCAAGCCAGGUACGAGGUCCAAAAAGUAGAGGGAAAGGUGGAGAAGCCUGAUGUUGCGGAGGAGCCUGCACCCGCGCCAACCCCUGAGGCUGCAGAUGAGAAUCCUGAAGAAGAUAAUAUGGUGGCUACAGAUGCGGUCCAGGAUGAUUUUGAAGAUGGUAAUGAUGAUGAUGAAGAUGAUGGUGAUAAUAAUAAUGACAACCCCCCGACAAGUGGAUCAACACUCAAGGAUUGGUACGAAUAUUUCAAGGGCAAGGCUCAGGAUGCUAAAACCUGGAUGGGCACCAAAAUUGAUCAUUUGACUGGAUCAAAGGGACAAAGUGAUAAUUAA